AAACACUUCCGACAGUUUUUAGCAGCACUUGAACGUAACAGCUUUCGCGCCAAGCUCCAAGAGCUAAGUCUGUCCUGAGUGUAUGCUAACACCUCCAGCUGUGGUAGAAAUCGCUACAAAAGGCAGAAAUAGUUGCUCCGUGACCAUACAGCUAAAUCAACAAAACGUCCAUGUCUAUUAAUGUAUUUUUAAAAGGAGAGGUGCCAUGUUUCGGUAUAAGACUGCGUGGUUUUCGAGCAGUGUCCCACAGGCUCACCACAACUUUUGGAUUUUGGAGGGUGGGGCCAUCAAAUGCUGGAGGACAGCAGAUUACCUUUUCAGCCAGGAUGCAACCUGUCCCGAUACUCUGAGGAUAUUUGAGAGCAAGGAUUAUCUCUUGAACAAGGUGACGGUGUUCCACAGCCUAUUUUUGUCUGCCUGUGAAAGGCGGGAGAGUGUGAAAUACGUGUGCAUUGGUCAUUAUGUGCUACCCCCAUCAUGUGUGCAGGACGAGGUUAGAAAGGUGGUUGGCAGGUUGAUUUGGGAGUUUGAAGAUGAGCAAUCAGUUGCCCAGAGUGAAUAUAAGAGCGUCAUAUGUCUGACUGAAGACCUCAGCGAUGGGGGAGGCACCAGAAGCGACUAUGAGCCAUCUGAUACAGACUCAGAGAGUGAACAGUCUCUUUGUGACCAUUGGAGAGGCCCAGUUUCUAAAAUGCUCACAGGAUACGUCAGCGUGGACAAUCUGCAGAAAUACUCUGGUGAUCUUUGGGAUUUCUGCCCCAGACAUGUCCAAUGCUCUACGUGUAAAACUCCCCUGUGUUUGACGUAGAUGUGAACAAACGCACACACAAACACGAAACACUGGCAAUGCAGCGUUGAAGUUUUGUCUUAGUUUUAACAUCAUUGCUGAUCAAUCUGCUGCACACACUUUUUCAGCAUACGAAUGUGUUCAUUCCUGUUAGUAUAUUAUGUAACCAGCCACUUUUCUCAUUAACAUUCAUACAAACACACGGUGUUUAUGGUUGUUUUGUCUUUAUCUGCCCUCACUCUGUGAGCUAACAUUAUUCAAAGUUACUUUUUGAUGAGUAAAUGAACAUUGUAGAGAAUGCAUGAUUGCCUGUAAUGAUCCUCCCGUAUGAUAAGAACUGUGAUUGAACCGAGAGGCCAUUUAACUGCUUUUAGGAGUUUAGAAAAACACUGAAAAACCCUCAAAUUUGUGUGUGAAUUCCAGAUAUUCUGUGUAAAUAUUUUAAAGACCAAACCAAAUGCAGUUCCCACACAAAGCUAACUGUUCAAAUUCAGUUGCCUGUUUUAGGAUUUCCAAGUGUAUUUGGCAGUGUGUGUGUGAAACAUUUUCAAAGUUUCCUCAGUAUAGGGAAACAUUAAAAAGCACAUAGGAAAUUUAGUUUUUGGUAUUUAACUGCGUUGAAUAAUUGUUUUUUAUCACUUUCCUGAUUUAGUUACUGCACUGUGGGGAAGCGGGGAAAUAAGUUGUAAUGCUGCCUUGAUCAGCAACACGGAGCCAAACGUUUUGGGAAUAAACUUACUUUUAA